CUGAUGAUGGUGGGGGAUGGUGUGAUCUUCCUGUGUGGAAUCCUGGGAAUAUGGAGGACGGGGACAUCUCUCUGUUGGGUUCCCAUGACUGGAUCCAUCUACCUGAUGAUGGUGAGGGAUGGUGUGUUCUUGCUGUGUGGAACCCGGGGAAUACAGAGGACAGGGAAAUCUCUCUGGUGGGUUCCCAUGACUGGAUCCAUCUGUAGGAAACACACACACUGACUGAAUUUAUGUUUUCUAUGUGUUUAUCAGAUGAUGGGGGAUCUAGGUGGACCCUCCGUACUGCUCUCUCCUUUCCAAUAAAGUCUCCUCUUACCCGAUCUGGAGUGUCAAACUGACGGCCCUCCAGCUGUUGCGGAACAAAUGCUCCAACCAACCUGAUAACAGCGUGUAUAGUUGUGAUUUUCCUGUGUGGAAUCUCGAGAAUUCAGAGGAUGGGGACAUCUCUCUGGUGGGUUCCCAUUACAGGAUCCAUCUACCUGAUGAUGGUGAGGGAUGGUGUGCUCUUCCUGUGUGG